GAAGGCGGAAACCUAGACGAGUAGGUUUGGUGACAUCUUUUACGGCGUCCUCUAACAACUCGUCCAGCUGAUUCCCGUGCCAAAAUGGUAAUCGUUUUAAAUAAGUGUGUCCUCUGCUUUAAACUUGUGAAUCUUAACUUAAAUUAUGGAUCCUACGAAAACGAAGACGUUGAAGAAAGAAAAAGCGUCGGUCAAAUCGGAAGUCGGCUGUUGUGUGAAAGACGAGCCCCCUGAAGUGGAAGCUGCGGACUGUGCUAUUGACGUUAGUAGUCAUUUGACUAACGGGAUUGAUUUUAAAGAAAAUGUGCCAGGAACUGAGAACAUGGGCAUGUUUUCUGGAUCGCUGGAAACCGAAGCAACGAAGCCGGUUAGGAACAACUGGAUGAAGACCCACAUCGAGCAAUCAAUCAGUGAGGAAGCAAGGAAAAAGAUAGCGACUCUCAUCGAGGAUGUCGGUCAGCUUACGGACAUUGAGAAGCUAUUUCUUUACCUCCAGCUUCCUACUGGGACUCCCAUCGAUGCAGACCCUCUUAAGCAGAAAAGUUCGGGCAAUCCGCUGGGCAAGAAGGCAGAUGCGGAGGUGGCACAGACUUACACCUGGAUUCAGAGCCAUCUCGAGGAAGACCCCGAGACAUCGCUGCCAAAGCAGGAGGUCUACGAGGAGUACAGGAGUUUCUUUGAGAAGAACAAGAUUGAGCCACUCUGCGCUGCUGACUUUGGCAAGGUGAUGAAACACGUGUUUCCGUCGGUGAGACCACGCAGGCUCGGCACAAGGGGCAACUCUCGGUACUGUUACAGUGGGCUUCGUAAAAAGUGUGAAAUGAAAUCGCCUACACUGCCAGACCUGUCAGCAAGUGAAGACUCGCUGACCAAGGAGUUUCCACAGGACGGAUCGGAGGAGGAGCGGGAAGAGCUGAGCCAGGCCUCAUGGCUGCUGGUACGGGAGUGGGCCGAGAAGGUGCUCUCGCACAAGUUCCCCACCGUGCGCCACCUCGCACGGCACCUGGUGGACAGCACGUUUGUGGACGCCCGCUCGGUGGCCGCCGUCACCGUGCUCUCGGCCAAGGCCCUCUCCACUGACAAAGGAAGCCAAGCCAGCAGCACGCCUCGAGCCCCCGGCAAACGGCGAGAGGCGCAGCAGCAGUUGCAGCGCAAGCUCCAAGAGAAGAAGAGGCUGGGCGACCAGAAGCGUAAGCUCACCGAGCAGCGCUCCCACUCAGCCCAGUCUUCACAGUGCAGCACGCCGACCGAAGGCCGUUCCUCCCAGCAGAGACGAGUGCUGGCCGCCACACCACAGGGCAAACGGGACCAGGCCUCACCGUCCCUGGUCUCCUCCGACGGAGACGUGGCACGGAGGCUGAAGGAAGAGCCCGCAGAACUCAAGUUGCAAACCUCUGCCACGCCGGGGAACAACAUCAUAUUUGUCCCCACCGUGCAGAGCCUGCAGCUUGGCUCUCAGGACACUACGGGCACCAGCGCCAUGGUCGCCACGGCCCCGGGUUGCAAGUACAAGAAGAUCCAGCCUAAGCCAACCACGUGCCGGAGUACGGCGGUGGUCGUGCAUUUCAGCCGAGAAGGCGGCCUCACUACGCCCACGGCUGAGGUGGUUCCCUCGUCGCAGUCGCCUGUUGUCGUCUGUGCGGACCCGGUCGCUGAGGCCGCCGGAACGUCAUGCGGCAACAAGCUCAGCAGCAUAGCCUCGCAGACAGUGCUCCAGGUGCCCAGGGAUCGAGUGAACAGCAGCUCAGACUGGGAUGCCAAAGCCAGCACCGAGGUGUCGGCAGGAACCAUGAAGAGGCACUCGGAGGACGGAGAGGCUCUGCUCUGCAAGAGACGGCACACCGAUGAUGGCACUAGGACGCCCAAGUUGGAAUCAGCCAGCCUGGACCUUCUGUUGCCUAACCAAGGAUCCAUCAAGGAGGAAAUGUGCGUGGGCCACCUGGAGAAAGAGGCACUGAACGAGUAUUAUGGCAACACCUCGUAUGACACCUCGGUUCUGGAGAGGUUUGCCUCCAAGGAUGAACUCUCACAAGGGACAGUGACUAACGAAGUUACGGCACAGACAAUGAGCGAGGUGACCAAGGCUCAUUGCGCAGAGCACAAAACUGCCCAGCUUUCUCAGUUGCGAAUGCUGCUGGAGAGGAACCUCCCUAGCUCGUACCAGCGGAAAGACGUCACUAAACUGCUAAACACUGGUAAGCAGAGCGCAGGCUUAGAGUGUAGUAUAGACCCCACGCUUCUCUUGGGACAGUUCGAUAACCUGAAGAAUGGAACAACGCUCAAGCAGGUCACUGUGCCUCAAAACAGUGCAUCCUCGUCGACAGUUCACUGGAAAACAAGUGCCUGGACAAACUUACUCUCCAAAAGCGCCGGACUGCAGCAACAGGACGACCUUAGUGCCAUUUCACUUGACGGACUCGUGAAAUUGAAAGACCCUGUUGCAGACGCGGGACACCAUGUGUGUGAUCCGAGCAUCCAGGCGUCGUUGGACCAAGUUCUGAUCGGGGCCGGCCAUGUGUCCAUUGCGCCUGUUCCUUGCAGCCCCAGCAGCCGGGGGCGCUUCUUCACACCCAUCUCGCCUCAGACGACUCCCCACCCCGACAGCCUCCUGCCUUCCCUCUCUUCUCCCGUGAUGGCCACUAGCACAGACAUGGUAUCGGUGGCGGUGGGUACAUCCUCACAGCCACCAAGCGCCACAAGCAGCCCAUUUGUUUCACCGAGAGGCACGCCUGUUCCAUGGACGAGGUCGCGGCACAGUUCCGGCCAGAGCGGCUACAGUGGCACACCUCGACAGACGCCCUUCCAGGCAGUGGACUCUGGUGUUUCGUCAGUGUCUGGCUCUCCUUUCGUUUCGCCACAGAGCACCCCGGUGACGGCCGGUCGCGUGCGUCACAACACCAGCUACAACCCUGGCAAGGCAGUCACGUUCACCAACGGCUACAACACGGUGCUCCCUGGGCGUGCUCGCCACAGCUCGGGCCCAGGCGGCCCAUCCUCCCAGCUCGUGUCGCCACGCAGUGCUCCACUCUCCCCCAUGGUGGGAGAGAGUGCCACGCAGACCUCGGGCUUCUCAUUUCCGGCUGUCGGCGAGACGCCCACGUUGCUGCGUUCGCGCCACAACUCUGCAUCAAGCGUGCCACCGCCUUCUCCUCAGUCGGCCCCUCUGUCGCCACUGGUGUCGUGCCCGCCUCCAGCUCCCUCGCUCAAUGACUGCAGCAGCCUGGUGCCCAGUGACACCGACUCUGGCAUGGGCCAACCGCCAUCGAGCCCCAGCUGGAUGGUCAGCCUCAAGGAAAGCAUCACCACCGCCCCUCUAAUUUGGCCGCCGACCUCAUCAUCUGCACGGCAGCGCCAUGCCUCGGGACCCGUCCUGCCCCAGAGACUGAGCAUGACCAGCAGUGACCCCCUGGCACACGAGAUACAGGAGUACUUCAAGAACGCCACGCUGGCCAGUGGUGCACCUUCGGCCAAUCGCAGCCGCUCGGUGCCCGUGCACCAGAUGUUGCUACUCCAGGAGGAGAUGGAGCCUCACGGUUCGAGCGGCGCGGUCGACAGCUUCUCCAAGUCCUAUCCGGCUACGCCCAGCAUGAGUCAGUGCUUCAACUUUCCCCAGCAGUCAGCCGCAGCUGCCGACCCGUUGACCUACACCGGCACCGAGACAUUGGCCCAGCAGGACGACGUCUUCUUAGCAUCGGAUUGGAACAGCACCCUGGAGAACGAGCCAGCCAUGAAGUUUGAGGACAAUGAUGACUUUGAUGCCGAGCUGCAGUCUACCCUAGAAGACCUCAAGGACUGUGAUGAGUUCUCGAAGUUUGCUAAGGAGUUGGACUUCACUGCUGAGAACGAGGAUGAUGAGAUGACCUGAGUGGGCAGUGAGGUACCUUCUUUUUAAGAACUGAGCUUCCCACAGGGUGGUUGAUGCUGCUGGCAGCCACUGCUCAUCUUUUUUGCUAAGUAUUCUUGUGCACCAGAGGUUGACAGGGGUGUGACCUUUUUGUUGGCCGUGACCAUAGAGUUUCUCAAUACGAUACUAGCUAGGCCAGGAUGAACUUUUAUUCAAAUGUUAAUCAUGCUUUUCAAGAAGGCCCCUUUGCAGCCUUCUACUGUCAUGUGGAUGGCAAUUGUUUACGAAACUUGGCUCAACCUGGUGGAUUUCCACAGAGCUUAUUUAAACACUACCUAGAGGGAAAUCUGGCAUCGCUGUCUAUGCGAGUUUCUGAAAGGGCACUGUGAAACCAAGGGAAUGCCGGCAUAGGAAAGGUAUGGCUUGUCUUGAACUUGGCUGCUCUAACAAAGCCUGCUUGAAUUCUUGCUUCUCUCUUCUACAUGGUGCAAUAAUGUUUUCUCAGAUACAAUUAAAAAAAGGAAGAUAGAAGCAUGUGUUAUUGAAACUGGCACACAUUGAGUGCUGCCUUCUCGUCUUUCCUUAAAAUUAAUUAAUUUGCCAGUGGUAGUGCUCACAUUGAAUAUAACUGUAAAUGUAGGUGUGAGUGCCCAUGCUUUAGUGACAGUUGUAUUAAUGGUAGCACAAAAAUAGCAUCUUUAUGUGGCUUUAGUAAAGACUGAACAAAUUAUUGUAACAGGGGCCACAUAUGCUGCUCAGACGCAUCUUCAAGGUGUCUUGGCUUUCUGCAAAAGACGUUAAUUCGAAGGCCGCGCUUCCAUUCAUUCUCAUGGACACAGCAUCACUGCAGUGCCACUUUUCCCUCUGAGGUAACCAAGAAACUCUAUGGCUGCGACCUUCGUAGCUUGUGGACCGAGCUGUGGCAGGUGUCCAUGGGGUCCUAACUGUGGCCUGAUGGUUAAAGGGACAGUGAAGGCAGAAUCAAGCUAAAGGGUUAGAUUAGCUCUCUAGAAACCUUACAACAUUCGUUUCACGCCAAGAAGUGACUUAGUUGCAGGAAAGAUCAAGAAAGAAAGGGCCACAGACCUCUUCUGCUAUUUAAAUCAUUUGCAACUAAUAUAAAGUCCAUUAGGUAGCUGCACCAGCAGUCUUGGAGGUAAUGCCACUACUGCCUACUCCUAGUUGGGAGCUCGCAGAUAAGGAGGCUCCGCAGUCCCGUAAAAAGACGCUUAAGCUUCGCCUUUAAGAUUGGAACGCGAUAGCGUUAUCGGGCUCCAUUCGCAUCACAUUUUUCUUUGAGUGGGCUUCACUGCAACACACAACGUGGGAAAGCCAACUUACAAAGACCAAGUUACACUGAUCCCCUUAAAGUUGGCUUCACUUAAACACAAAUGCAUUGCUGGGAAGACAUUUUUACGGGAGCAAUUUAAGCCGUCUUAUAUCAAAAUGUGAAGGCCCUAUGACCUUUCUUUAUUCUUUUAUUAAUUUUUACUGUUGCCUCGAGGUGCGCAGCGUGUCCAAAAUUUAGAAAGGCUCGGUUUUCAACAUUCCCCUCAAUGUUGCCUAGAACCAAAGUACAGCGAAACACCAUCAGAAUUGGAGGGCGCUUAAGCUUCGCCUUUAAGAGUGAAACGCAAUAGCAUUCAAUGAUUCCUGGCUACUUAUCAGGCUUUUUUCUCGUAUAUUCAAAUUACAAUCCGACGCUAUCACGCCUGCAGGUUGUGGUUAAGUCGUACUUUAUGAUUUUUGUGACGGAUCUUACUUUGAGAAAUUUAAUUUUUGUUCACUAACGCCUUGCGCCACGUGGAGGGCCCGUGUGGUCGGGGUGGUUCGGGAUGAAGAGGUUCGGCAGGAUUAUUUCCGCCAGACGCCAAUGCUUAACGCUGAAGCUGACGCCGGAUUUUCUGCUACACGGGGCCCUUAACGCUAUCGCGUUAAAACACUUUCGCAUAUACAGUUAAACCUGGAUAUAACGAAUUUGCAAAUUCCCGAAAAACUUCGUUAUAAAGAGGAUUUCGUUAUAUGCAGGUUCGGCAUGAAAAUUCGGAAAAGAAACGCUUACCGUAUUUAUUCGAUUCUAACGCGCCCUCGAUUGUAACGCGCACUCGUUUUUCGUUUUCCAAGCACUCGUCCUUGGAAUUUCACACCAGGUACUGGAUGCGUGGACGCGUGUCAUUUCGCACAAGCGCGAGGCGUCGGAAACGAAGAGCAAGCGACAUGAUGGCGUCAUAGUGUCGUAUAGUGUCAGGUUAAUAAAGUGUAGCGCAGAGACUUGCGUAGUAACCAGAGAGUGGCGCUGCCAGCGCGCUGAAAAAAAAAAACUUUUUUUUUUCCGGCAACAUCAACCAGAAAAGGAGAGUGCCGGCUUGGCAGGCUAGGCCAGCUGCAGCAAGCGGCGGGAUCAGGUUUAAAUGAAGGGAGGGGGAAAGAUCACGCCCACGGCGGCAAGAUCGCCGGGUCGAGGGAUGCAGGCCCGCCUCACAGUCGCCGUGAAUUCGAGCGCGCCAAGCGCUACGCCGCCGCUUCGCAUUCCGUCGCAGCGGAGAAGGUGCUUCUGGUUGCUGCUCGCGCAAAAAUGACAAAAUUUGGGGCGAAAUCUCUAGGUUGUCGGUGGGGAAAAUUCCUUAUUUCGAGAGGGUCUCCCGCUGCCACUUCAUUACGUAGAGGUCUCAAAUACAUGUGCUUUUAGGAGUAACGGCGGAGAAUAGAAAAACUUCGUUAUAUCCAGGAAUUCAUUAUAAGGAGGUUCCUUAUAAGCAGGUUUAACUGUAAAUGCCAGUCCGAGCAAUUCAUACAACUGUAUAAGGGAGUUCUGACACCCUUCAGUAGUCCUAUUAGGGUCUGUUUUGACACUGCCCAAAGUCUACCUAAGCUUUUUCAAAUGCUUCAUUAUAUACAAACGUACUUCUAUACUCCCGGUUAUAUCAAACGUAUGUUCCUGCAUGCUUCACUGACUCUACCCACCUCGGCAUCUAGCCACGCAUUGCUGGCUGUUCAUAGCUCAUCACCGACGACGGCAUCACCGCCAAAGCCCCGCUCCGUUGUGGGUGGAAUAAAAAAAUGCUGGUGUGCUUAAGUUCAGGUGCACGUUAAAGAACCCAGUUAGUCAAAAUUAAUCUGGAAUCUCGUACUAGGAUGUCCUUCACAGUCCUAGCGUUACUUUGAGACGUUAAACGCAGCAAUUUGAUUUUUGAGGCGAUCAUUUCCACUCCUGUUCUAUGUCGAUGCCAGUUUCCUGCUUAUGAAAGUUCAACUGUCUGUAUAAAAAACGCUCUUCUGGCACCUUGGGGCCUCAUCUGUCGCCAACCUGUGAGAGAUCAGCAACAGAUUAGUGAUUUCGCGACUUUGGCUUUAAUUUUGAGCUUCACUUAAAACUGGCCUUUAGUGUCCCUUUACAACACGGAAUAGCAAUGAAUGAAACGAAGCUUCAUCGGCGCCUGCCACCUCGGUAAUUGAGUCGCAGUGAGAAUGAUCGAGGAAACGAAUUUUCGGUUUUACGGUCACUUACGACGAAAACAAAACUUGUGGCUGCCAGUGGCAGGUGCUCUAACCUGCGGGUCUCUCAGCUCAAUCGUUUCCCUGUUGUUUUAAUUACUCUGAUUUUUUUUUCUCUCUUUCGCACUUGCGAAGCACUGUUGUUUUAUCGCAGUUGUGUUAUAUUGUGGCGGAAGGCAAAGCAGACGGAAGUGUUUGCAGAAGGCUCCUGUUGAGUAGGCAGAAAACGUCACCUGUUUGUAAUAUAUAUAUAUUGUACGUGUGUAUCUUCAUUUUUUGAGGGCGCACAGAUUUUAAAAGAGCGUAGCUUUUGACCUCUUUCUUUUUAUAUCUUCUCUUUUACGAAUCUGAUAUGUUAGUGUUUGUACUUUUGACCCUGGUACUAUAGUAAUCCCACCUUUGACGUUUGUUUCUGUUCAGAGCUCCCUCACCUUAUUGUAAAGUGUUCUCUUUGUUCACUAGCAUGAGUGACCAAGUUGAUGUUUGGCGUGUCGUUUCAGAGGUGUAAAAAACUCUCUAGUAGUCUGUAGAAGGUUGGUCACGAUGGGACGAGUGGUGCGUUGGUUUUGACAAUGCGAGGAGCAGAAGUGAAAUCCCCUGCUACGUGCUUAGCACGUGCAUGGGAUGUCGUAGCAGAAUGUUUUACGCAUUAGCGGAAAUGGUUCUUAUGGCAUUAGGAUGUGCUCCAUGUCACCCAAAACAAUCGGUAGUUUGAAUUGAUGAGGUUUACUUACACCUUCCCUAGUGAUAACCUGUAAGUGGGGUACUGAAAACGAGCGUAAGAAGAAAUAUUAGUAGCCAUGAAAAGUGUUUGUGGAUCACUUGUGCCAGUGGAACAAGAUUUGUGGGGUAUUGUGCUGACUUUUGCCUAGAGAAUAAUAGUCAGGUUUUACUGGCUGGCUUUCGCAUCCAAGAACCUUGUCCAAGUCAGAAGAACCGUCAUAUGUGAGGUUUCAUUAGGUGCGAGCCUUUUGUUCAAUUCCCACUAAAGUGGGUGAAAGAUUUGACAGAAAAGUUAUGGUAGUAUAUAAAAGUUUUAGAUGCAUCUGUCAGCUACAUUUUGUGCAUGAUCAUCACCACAGUAGUUCACUGCAAGUGAACCAGGUUUUUCAUAGUCCCAGGGACAUGUUGGAAUACAUUAGAGUUAGUCAUUCAGUCAUAGGAUUUUGGGAAAUGCUAACAAGUCAAUUUUAUCGGACGAUUUUAGCCUUUAUGUUGUUUUCACUUGGCCCAUUUAGUCACCAAGCACAAGAUUGCAGGCACGUUCAUCUCUUGGCUGCAGCGAGUGCAUUCUGAUGGGGCGAAAUGCAGAAGGUCUGCCUGUGUACUUAUAUUUAGGUGCAUGUUAAAGAGUCCCAGGUGAUUGCAAUUAAUCCAUAGCCCCCCCACUACAGCGUUUCUCGCUACAACAUACCUCGAGUAUUUUGCUAGAAUUAUGGCAUGGGAGUCAACAUUUGUGGAUGCGCCGAAGUUUACCGAAAAAGUUCAGUUGGGUUAAUCUGUUACGGUGCUGUAUGCUCUUGACGAUGCCAAGAAUGCAAGAAAUGUGCCAAAACUAAAUUUUUGAUAGAAUAAUUUGGCACCUUAAAUGGAUGUUUUUAGAGGGCGAAAAGCAACUUCAGGUGCACAGCUUGCAGCUAAACUCUGAAUUUAGUAUAGGCGUGCGAAUAUUUGAAACUUUUGAAUAACGAAUCAAAUAGUAUCCGAUUCGAUUCAGUCUUCAAAUCGAAUAGUCACUAUUCGUAAAUGGAAAUAUUUUUUUCGAAUACUUUUUUGAAUAUUUCAGAACGCAACUGCGCCUACAUAAAACCAAAAUUGGAGCAAAAGUAUGGUAAAUUAUCACCCCGUGGACAUAGUAUAGAUAUAAAACAUGAGAACUUGCGUAGUAGAGUGGGCUGCAACAAUUAGGUAGCCAUACUAUGCAGGAUGUACAGCGAUCGUCCGCACUACUUGAAGAGCCCUGUGCAUGCGAAGGAACUACUUGUUUGCUUCUAAUGUUCCAUUUGUGCUUUUCAUUAGCAACGCUUCAUAAUGUAAUGCGUAAUGACAGAAACUUGCUAACCUUAAGAAUACUGGGAUGAGAACAUCGUUUAAAUUAAUUGUGAUGAUGGCUCUUCAUUAUUCAAAAUCUAUUCGAUAUUCGAUUUGAUUUGAUUAGCUUCUGGUACUAUUUGAUUCGUAUUCGAUUCGGUCUCAAAAACCACUAUUCACACACCCCUAGAAUUCAGUGUCAAAAGUAAUUCUAUCCAUAUAAAUCUUGUUCCCUUGGCACAAGUGUAAUGUUGUGGUGAUACAGUUGGCACUUCUGUAAAUUUCUCUGGGGAGGUGGAGAAAGGAUAUCUUCUGCAUCUUUUAAGGGUUCUUUUUUUUUUUUUUUCAGUAGUUGAAAUUACCUUGGAACGUAGUGCAAGCUUUAUUAUGAGCAGACUUUCAUACCUUCUAGAUGACAAAGUUGGCAUGCAGUGUUUGGCCAAAAAACUAGACAAAAAGGUUAUUUUCAUGCCAUUAGAAAUGUUAACCACUUUUGUAGUUUGGAAAAGUGUGCGAGUGUGCAGAAGCGGGGGGCAAUGUGUCUCUGCCAGUGCCGUUGAUGAGCUUCAUAAUAUAAGACGAGGCUGUAUUUUGGGAGGCAUCAGACAAUGAGGUAAACUUAUGCACAUGCUUCUCUCUAUGGAAAGCACAAGUUAUUUUAUUAUGCACUACACUUAACAUGGUAAUAGGGAAGUCGAGUUUUCCGACCCGAGUUUAUCCAUUUGCUGAAAUACUGACUGUAUAAUUUGUGUCAAACUUUAUUAGUGCUUUGUGUUAUAUGGAGUGAACGCCACUUCGUCAUGGGGUGACGCAGCACUACCUGGCUGGCUAAUUAGUUGCUCAUAAGGUACAGGUGCGAAGCACUCGGGACCAAGGCAAAGUAGUGGACGAAAAUGUUAAUUUGGGCAAAUUGCUAGCGCUCUAUUAUUUCAAAGCAGCAAUGAGAAAAAGAAAAACAAUAGACAGAACAAGAAAAGAUGCAAAGUCACAAUAUAAGUAGACACCACAAAACUCUCCAACUUUUCAUUUAUUAACAAAGAAAAUAUGCUUGCAUUAUAUGUUUCAUAAGUUAGGGAAACAGGUAUAGAUGUUUUUUUUUUUUUAUUAGUACUCAAAUUUUGCUCAUUAAUGGUGAAUUUUGUCUAGUGUUAUGUUCAGGUGCAGUGAUUGCCUGUUUCGCGCUCAAGAAGCCAGAAUUACGCAUCUGCAGCAAUGUUGGAAGAAAAGGGGCAGAUUUUCAUGGCUUAGUGCCGUAUGUCACUGUUCGGAGAUACUUAUGCUGUGUUUUGUUUGCCAUAACAGUGACAAAGGGCACCAGCGAUUUUUUUUUUCUUUUUUUUUUUUUCUCUUCACUAAGAUGAUUACAUCUUCAAUCCCACAUUGUGGGCGCGGGUUCUAUCCUAGCCGCAGGGGCUGCAUUUUGAUGGGAGCAAAAUGCAAAAAUUCUCAUGUACUGAUGUUUAGAAUGCACGUUAAAGGUCCCCUGGUGGUCAAAAUAAUUCUGGAGUGCCCUGCUGCGGUGUGCCUUAUGAUCAUAUUGGGAAAACACGGGGAAUGUGGGAGAUGGAAACCUUGAAGAAGACAAGUCCACUUGUUCCACUUGUUGAAACGUUGGCUCCUGCUCUCACCUUGUUCUAGUGUUGCUCAUCGUUAUGAUCAUAUUGUAGUUUUGGCACGUAAAACCCCAGAAUUUUUAGUUCCACAUUGUGAAUGGCUCAUACUUGUAAUUUAUCCCAAACGAAACAGGCAAAUGUGGGUGGCAUUUAGACAUUGCAUUAAGUAGUCCAUUAAAUGCCACCUCUGUCCAAAAUUUGAGAACGAAUGAGCUCGUAAUUAUGUGACAGUCAUCAUACAUAAAUACUCUUAACAAGAAUAUUAUGAUAGUGCAGGUAAAAAAGAAACAUGGAAAAAAGAGCAAUAUAAAGAUCACUUGAUCAAGUCCCAUUCAGCUAUUGUACCGCAAGGAAUCGAUGUGCCUUGGUCAUCUGCUUCCCGAGUGUGUUGCAUCUGUACCUAACCGUACAACAAAACUGGUGCUUUCAACUAAGCCUACAAGGCAUGUGCACAAGACAUUGUUUUGUUUCACACGCCUUGCACACGCGUUGGGUGGCCUGUUUAGCAAAUGUGCUAAAGUUUAUUGGUCUCAAUCGGUAGCAUUUUACAGGUGUACCUGAUCAUACGAUGCUUGGCUAGUUCAUUUGUAUUGCACUGAUGAUCGAUUAAUGAGCGUGUGAAUGAAGAUUAUGACACAGGCAGAGAAAAUGGCUGCGGUGGUUCAUUCGCUAUGGCAUUAUGCGCUGAAGUCACAGGUUUGAUUGCCAGCCUUGGCGGCCACGUUCUGCUUGUGGUGGAAGGCAACAAUGCUCAUGCACCAUGCUUUGAGUACAUGUUGUACAUGUUCAAAGGCCAACUGCAAUGUAAUUUCACUGGCUAAAUUGGUAAUAAACGAGUAGUACAUACAUAAGCUAUUAAAAGCAAUCUAGGCAAAGAUAUAGAGCUAGUAAUUUCCAAGUUACCUUAUAAGCAGCCUUUUAAUUGUGCCUAAGCAGACGACGCAUGCACCUGGUAGUUAAUGGCUAUGAUGCAAGUUUCAGCGUGUUGCCUUGGAGAUUUUUCAGUGGGCAGCCGCAGGCAGCGCCUAAUCUGUGAGUUCAUGCCGAAGAGUCGUGUGAUCUGAGUCGUGCGUGACUUCAGACAAGCUGGUAAUGGCAGCCUUCCUUCACCCCCCCCCCCAAAAUCAAGAACACCAACUUGUGUGAUUUUGUGAGCAUUUCGCGGGUGCAUCCACUCAUCAUUUUUCAAAUGUAAAAUGUCACUUUGAGGCUGUUCUUUAUCUACACUAUCUGAAUUUAGGCCUUUUAUGAGGCAAAAAACUUUGUUGCAGUUGGUCUUUAAGAACCUUGUGUGUUUAAUAUUAGUCGAGAAUUCUGCACCCAAGCUUCUCUCAAGGACCUGUGUCAAUUUGGGUUGUUAAACUUCAGCAGCCAACAUGGGUUAAAACAAGCGAACAGGAGAAGUUUCUGCCUGUGUCCUCGCGUUCUUUCACGCACCUUAAUGAUCAGUUCAAAUGUACCCGCGCCUCUGUCCGUGUGGCAAAGUUCUCUGGUUUUGUUGAAUAUUGUCAUUGAAAAGAGCACAGUCCCAAACCUGCAGCUGUGCUACACGUUUGGCUGAAUUUUAAUGUUUAUGCUAGCAGUUCUCAAAAGUAUUAGGAUAGUACAAACUGUGGGGAAGAGAAAAAAAAGUGGGUCAGGGGGGAUCUGGCUUUGUUAACACUACAAGCUGUGAAAAAACGUCAGAGAAAGGGUGUUUACCAUAUCGAACAAUUCAAGUGAACUUGUGGACCCCACACACUUGCAGAAAAUUGCAAUUUCACUACUUGCACUGUCCUAAAGAGGUUGUAAAAACUAGCUUUCAGAGCACUUUGGACAUGGCGGCCAGAACAUUUGCCCACAGCUAGCCAUACCUGCACAUGAGCAUGCACAUUUUCUUGAUUCUAAAAAAAUGUGGCCUAGGAGCAAUCUCGCAUGAUUUUGUAGUUGCUGUUGUAGCAGGUUCCGUCAGUUUGUCGUGUUUGUGUGAGCGUCCGGUUGGCAAUUCAGUCUUCUUCAGGCUGACAGGUUUCUUGGGUAAAAUGCAGUGUUGCCAUUUUUGGGGGGGGAGGGGGAUUCUGCUAAAACAACUUUCCGAGAACUGCUAUACGUCUUGCAAAUUUGCUUAAGAUCCACUAAGGAGACUUCCAAGAAGUAAGGACAAUAAUAAGCAGACAUUUUGGUAGCGCACCUGUCGGUUACUGAUGGUAAUGUGGCGAAAGGUACAUCUGAGAAGGAUGAAUUCUUAAGGUACCACGUCAGUUUUGUGUCACCACAAAGUGCACAGGAAGUUAUAUGAACAGACAUGUUGUAACGUCUACGCUGUCAACGAAUGGGCGCUGCAUAGAUCAGUGUUGCGAGUGGAUUCCUGUGAAAACACAGAAUUAGUUAAAUGUGUUGCGAAACCACAAGGAAAAUUCCAGUCAGUGUCUACUAAAAAAGAAUCCACUGAAAGUAAAUUUUGCCCCCAACCAAGCCUGAAAUCCACUAGAUAGUAUAGCGCAAAAUCUGCUAAAUAUGGCAGCACUCGCAAAUCUUGCUGGAAGAAUAGUGUGACAACUUGAGGAUGCAGUGGUAGAUGCACCACUGUCCAACUUGGAGAAUUGGUAUAGCUGCACCGGCCAAUUACAUUUGUUAGUUUCCAUGGCAACUUGUUUCAUUUCAAUGUCGGCUUUCCUUGGGAACUAUUUCUUGGAGCGCGGUGACACACAGAGCGGGUGCAGUGCAGUUUUAUAGGUGGAGCUUGUGCUGAAUUCUUAUAUUGUCACAGGCUCCUUUUGCUAGAUCUUUUUUUUUAUUAUUAUUAUUAUCCACCGUUCACAACGGGCCUAUCUGGUCAUAAUGUGGGCAAAGCACUGCUCCUGCGGUGCGAAGAAAAUCAACCACAAAGGAACAUUUCAUCACGCAGCCAGCAUUCGCUAGCCAACUUUUCAUGAAGAGAUCAUCCCCUUUGCCUUUUCUCUCUCAAAAAAUCAGCCCAACACGUGACCCUGCUUAGCGAACUUGGCACAGGUGUCUUGGUUCUCGGCGCACACAUUCGGGUCCUUCGCCUGCCGUUCUGUGCACGUUUUAUCUCUAUAUGCUUGUCGAACUUCAGUCGUUUAUUGCAAUGUAUACAUUUAGCAUCUUAGUUGUAACAUGCGAUUGCGGCAGCCACACAUAGCUUUCGUACCUAUUGGCAGAGCGUGCACUGAGCGUGGAUAUAACGGGACGAUAGGAAGGCACUAAAGCUUACCACGACAUGAUCACAUGUUGGGUUGACUCUCUUAAUUUCAAUUGUGCUGCGCAAUGCUCACUUCUGAUCCUUUCCUCCCUUCAUGACCGCCCCGACCGCUGACCAAACAUGAAAAGGAAUAACAUUUAUAGAAACGUUACACUAUCCCGGCUCCAAGAAACUUUUCCUGUGGUCUGACAACUUGAAGUGCAUUGAUUGAUUUGGCUGGCUGCCAUAUGGUUGGAAACAUUUCCUCUACAUUUGGUGUCGCGUGGUGCUGAAGGGAUGAGGUGCGAGAGUUCUAUGAUGACCAUUGUAUGAUUUUUAAGGAGACGAGGCAAGAAAAGAGUUACGGCAUUUAAGCUGGCAUGUGUGGUUCUUGUCGUCAAUUUGGCGUCUUUUACUCCUUGCUACACCUGCUUUACGAAGUCUCUCUCUGCUUUUUAUUUUCUUCUUUCAUCUGUUUGGUGUUCCCAGCCCUUGUACAUUUUUCUUUUUACUUUUUUCUGUGGAGAUGAUUGUCGCAUGGCAUUUUAGUUAGCAGUCGUCGAACCGGUUCAAGUCAGCAGUCAAUGGAUUGUGCUGGACAAGGGGCGUUUGCACAACGUUUUUAUAUAGUGCCUGCAAUAAUUUUGUAUAUGUAAAUGCUAGGCUGAUAUGUAUGUAAGAAAAAACUUCUUUUCGUUUUUCUUUUUUGCAAUUGUAGUACAGCUUUUAAUAGUGUGGUAUUAACGAUGUUUCAUUGUUUUGUUUUUUCUUCAAGUACCGCAAAGUGUUGUUUCUCGUCGACAUUGCCACUAUUGCAGUGUUAACGAGCAGCAAUGCACAUAAAAAUGUUGAUAUUGUUCGCACUUUUUUUUUUUAUUCUUACACGCUUUUUGCACAGUGAGUGAUUUGUGUAUACUAUCGUUGGCAAGAUGAUACGCAGUUUCUUGUGAAAUAAAAAGAGAAAAUGAAGGGGGUGGCGAAAUCGACAGCUGUACCAUCCUCAGCUGUUUAUAUAUGUGAAUCCCUGGAAGUCUCGUUUAGGCUAAAUUGAGCCACCCAGCGAGAAAACCUGUACAGUUGAGAAAAAAAAAAUAUUUGUGACACUGGUAGAGAAAUCCAUGUUGUGAAGCUGUAUGUGCUGUUCCAGUGUUCAACUCUUGACGAGCAACGCCCUUUUGCAGAAUGUUGCCUGCUUUCUGUUGCUGUUGUUGUUUUCAAAGGAGGCAUUCACGUCUUCGUGUGUUUCACUAUCACCGAUUCAAAGGUGCCAGCAGCACUGAUGCUUAAAGUGGAGGCAGUGCCCAUCUUGUUUAUUUUGCAAGAUCGAUUGGUAACAUUUAACGUGUCCACACUAAAUAGGAUGUAAUCAUACUUUGUUUGGAAAGUUGUAUUUGCCACAGUGAAGACACAGUUUUACUUGAUUACAUGCCACAUACUUUUAAGAUAAAAUUUGAAAUCAGUUGGCUCAUGUUCCUGAAUAAACCACUUUUAAUUCAGC